AGCAGCCCAUGGUUUUAGGUGCUUUUAUACUAUAUUCAGUCUUCUUCUUGUGUCAAAGAUGCAGGUUGUUAGUGGUGGACAAUCACUCUGGAUGUACACUCUGUUAUUCACUUCUCUACAACUUUGGGGAAGGCUUUCAGCUUCUACUUCCUCUCCUCCUCUUCCUGCACCUAUACUUGACAUCUAUUCAAGGUCAAAGAGCUCAGUGGUUCUGGUCUGCCGUGCCCCAGAGGGCCACCGAGGGGUUCAUUUCAUGUUGUACCGAACUAGAGAGAAGGUGGACUCUCAGGAGCUGCAGUCUGGUGCUGAGGAGGUUCAGUUCACUGUGAGGGUAAAGGAAGGGGAUUCAGUCCAACUCUUCUGCUGUCUGUACAAGGACCAGGAUGGUCAUUACAGUGUUUUCAGUCCCUAUUUGCAGCUGGAGCACACAAGAGAUGCAUUGCCAGUUCCCACCCUUGUCGUCCAGCAGCAGAUGGACGUGUGGCAUUUGCUCUGCACAGGCUCUGCUGCUUACCCCGGUGCUGUGUUCUCCCUCUACCUGGCUGAUAUUGAACUUCCUGUUGCCACUCACCAUGCCACCUUGCUCGACCAUCAGGCCAUCUUCCCAGUGCCUGUCCAGGACAGUCCAGUGGCUUUUUACCAGUGCCAGUACGAUGUCCUCCUGGGAAGGAAAUGGAGCAGCUCUGAGCGCAGCCGCUCGUUGGCUGUAACCAGAGGAAUUCCUCCUCCAUCAUCAACAGAUUUGUCCGGUGUGGACUGGCCUCUCGUACUGGGCUCUUUCUCCGCUGUGGUAUUGUUAAUCUGCUCAGUGGCACUCGUGGUUGUGGUGGCACACAGGAAAGUUAAAGCUGCGGCCAAGGAAAAGAAGAAAAGACAGGAAGCCCAGUUCUGGACUCAAGUUCAUGCUAAGGACCAUGUUGUUGACCUUACACUCAGGCGUACAAGGUUUCCCUCUGAGGAAUGGGCCAGUGUCGACACAACUACAGAGACAGGCUCCAGAUCUCCUUUAAGGAACUCGCUUUCCACAUUCACAACACCGAUCCCUCCAAUCCAUUAGAAAUAUUUGUUUUUGCACUCUCUCUCUCUCUCUCUCUCUUUCUCCCUCUUUCUCUCUGUUUGUGUGUGUUUAUACUUUAUUUGAGUAGUUUAUCAAUGUAGCAUCAGUUGGAGUUACACAGCGGGACAGGAAAGGCUAUUUCCUCAUUUCCUAUUUCAUGUGUGGCAGUAAAAUUGACAGGAUAUGAAGUUUGUUUGAUCUUACAUGUUACUGAGCCAGUGAAUCUAAAUACAGAUUUUAUUAUUAUUA